AUGGCGAGUACGAAUUGUUGGAGGUGUCUAGCACGGCCCUCACAGCGGCUACUCGUGCCAGCAUCAUUAUUACCAGCUCCGUCGACCCCAGCAUCAGCGGUAGCCUUCACCACUUCGGCGCAACUGAGGGCCAAACCCGGCCAGAAGGAAGAUACAAAUCUCUCACGACAUGUUCGUACCGGUAAAAAGUUAAUAUUGGGUAAAAAGAAACGACCAGCCGAUAAGGGUAAACCACCGGUAUCUGGGGAGAGAAAGGCAUUUCGGAAGCGCAUUCAGCUUAGCAACAAUAAUGCCUUAGCAGUAACAGGCCUUGGCGAAUUGACGGCCGAAAACGUCGUGGAUGCUGGUUCUGUAGGCCAGGUUUUCAGCCUUCCGGAGGUGGUGUUAGACCAACUAAGGGCCAGCGAGGCAUUCAAGCCGACGCAGACUUGGGGCUUAUUCCGGUCGCCGCAUACGUUAAUCAGGAAGGAGACGGUAGAUCUAGCGAAGCAACUCACAGAUGCUGUCGGCAAGAAAGAGACUCUGAGGUUGGUUAUUACUGGAGAUAAGGCGUCGGGAAAGAGUGUCUUAGGACUUCAAGGAUUGGCAACGGGGUUUCUAAAUAAAUGGGUUGUAAUUAACAUCCCAGAAGCGCAAGAACUAACUACUGCGGCGACUGAGUAUUCUCCGAUACCCAAUUCAGAGCAGUUCUCCCAACCCGUAUACACCGUCAAGCUCUUCCAGGCUAUCUACAAGGCCAACCAGCCCAUUUUAUCACAGUAUAAGGUCGAACUAGACCAUAUGCACCUCCCUAUCUCAGUGAACCGAGGUAUGACGCUCGCCGCCCUCGCCAACGCUACCAAGGAACCCGAGUUUGCCUGGCCCGUAUUCCAGGCCUUCUGGAAGGAACUGUUACUACCGGGCCGUCCACCGAUCAUGUUUGCGCUCGACGGCCUUAGCCACAUCAUGCGCAUCAGCGAUUACCGCUCUCCCGCCUUUGAGCUUAUCCACAGCCAUGACCUGAGCUUACUCCGCCUAUUUACGGAGGCGCUGGGCGGCAAGACGAAUUUCGCCAACGGCGCGGCGAUCCUGGGCGUGUGCACCAAGGGAAAUACCCUCGUGAUUCCGUCGAUGGAGAAAGCUUUAGAACAAGCUGCUGCCGCACAGGCUGGCGAGCCGAUCCCGCCUCGAGACCCGUUCUUCGCCAAGUACGACGAACGCGUGUUCGACGCUCUCAAGGGCGUCAAGGUCUUGAAUAUCCGUGGUGUCUCUAAGCAGGAGGCCCGCGCGCUUAUGGAAUACUGGGCUGCGAGCGGUAUUCUUCGUCUGCGCGUCGACGAGAAGAACGUCAGCGAGAAGUGGACCCUGGCUGGUAGCGGUAUCCUCGGUGAGAUGGAACGGGCUGCGCUGUAUGAUGUCAGAUCGCCUGUGUAA